UGACACCAGCUAUGGGUUCACCUCAUGUGUAUCAAACACAACAUCAGAGUGCAAAUGCAGCUGAGGGAAGAGCAAAGGCUUAAACUGAAGCCUAUUAAAAGUAACAUGUCAAAAGGAGGAAGACAGAAGGUUUUGAAACAACAUGUAACUUUGUGUGUGUGUGUUUGAGCGAGAGAGAGAGAAGUGACACAGGAAGUCAAUGAGGUUGUGGUAAGCAGACUCUACAUACCCAUUUGUGUCGACUGAGUGUGAUCACAGCGUGAUGCUUUGUGCUAAAAUGAGAAGAAACUUUUGAAACCCCCUGAGAAAGCACCACGUCUCGAAAUCCCAUAGAGAGCAAAGAAGCAGACCCAAAAGACAUGGGCAACAGUGGAGAGGAAGGAAAACUGCAUCGCAGACUUUCUCGAAUAGGGAGCAGAUCGCAGAGAGAGCCGCCACGACCCCCUCCUCAAACAGACAGACCUCCAACGGUGGUUCCUCCAAGACCUGCUGAGACUGCUCCAAAACCUCCAGAACCUGCGCAAAAACCAGUUGCAAUCCUCCCAAAACCUCCAGUGGCCCAAAAGCCCACCGCACCUCCAAAGCCACAAAUACAAGUGUUCAAUAGCACAGAGCAUGGUGCUGCCAUACUCAAUGGGUUGGAUUGUUUUCGUGGUGAUGAGACUCUUUGCGAUGUGACUCUGGUACCUGGUGACAGCAGUGAAACUUUCCCAGUCCACAGGGUCAUCAUGGCUUCAGCCAGUGACUACUUCAAGGCCAUGUUCACGGGUGGCAUGAGAGAGCAGGAGCUUAAGGAGAUUAAGCUCCAUGGGGUGAGCACAGUGGGCCUGAAGAACAUCAUCGAGUUCAUCUACACAUCUCGUGUGAGCCUGAGUCUAGGCACCCUUCAGGACACGCUAGAGGCGGCGAGCUUCCUCCAGGUGCUUCCCGUUCUCAGCUUCUGCAACCAGCUACUCAGCAGUGAGAUCACUAUAGAAAACUGUGUGGAAGUUGAGCGCAUUGCCAGGGAUCUUCUUCUGGAAGAUGUCCAAGAACAUGUCCACGCGUUUGUGUGCGAGAACUUCUCUGAGCUGGUGCAGAGCGGCCGCCUCCUGCAGUUGUCCAAGGCGAGCAUAACGUAUGCCCUCUCCAGCGACUCUCUGAAGGGUUUCUCUGAAAUGGAGCUGUACCGCAUCGCCCGUACCUGGCUGUCCCAUAAACCCACCGAGCGGCGUCCUGCGGCUUACUCUCUGAUGCGCCACAUCCGCUUCCCUCUGAUGUCCCCUGCUGAGCUCCUCCAGAUCUCUCAGGAGGAGCAGACCGAAGAAGGAGCAGUGAGCAGAGGAAAAGAUGAAGGAGAGCCGUUCAUGCGAUCAGACACGGCCUGUGUCAACCUCCUCCUGGAGGCCAGCAACUACCAGAUGCUUCCCUUCCUCCAGCCGGCGCUCCAGACGGAGCGGACCCGGAUUCGGUCCGAUUGCACUCACCUGGUUGCUCUGGGUGGUGUAAUGAGGCAGCAGCUGGUGGUCAGCAAAGAGCUCAAGCUGUACGAUGAGGAAGACGGAGGCACCUGGAGGGCGCUCCAACCUAUGGAGGUGCCACGUUACCAGCACGGAGUGGCUCUUCUAGGGGACUUUCUUUACAUUGUGGGAGGUCAGAGCACUUACGACACCAAGGGUAAGACAGCGGUGGACAGCGCGUACAGGUAUGAUCCUCGCUUUGACCGCUGGUUGCAGGUGGCCUCUCUGAAUGAGAAGAGGACGUUUUUCCAUCUGAGCGCUCUUAAGGGGAAGCUGUAUGCUGUUGGAGGGAGAAAUGCCACUGGGGAGAUUGAUUCGGUGGAGUGCUACAACUUGAACAAGAACGAGUGGACUUUUGUUGCACCGAUGUGUGAACCUCACUAUGGACACGCUGGCACAGUACAUGGAGGUCUGAUGUAUGUGUCAGGCGGAAUCACAAGAGAUGCUUUCCAGAAAGAGCUGCUGUGUUACAACCCCGAUGGAGACGUGUGGAGCAGACGAGCAGAUAUGAUGGAGCUCCGCGGUCUUCACUGCAUGUGCACUGUUGGCGACCGCCUCUACGUCAUGGGUGGAAACCACUUCCGGGGGACAAAUGACUAUGAUGAUGUGCUAAGCUGUGAAUUCUACAGCCCUGAAACUGACCAGUGGACAGUGGUGGCUGCGAUGCCCAGGGGUCAGAGCGAUGUGGGCGUGGCAGUCUUUAAGGGACGCAUCUAUGUGGUGGGUGGUUACUCCUGGAACAGCAGAUGUAUGGUGGAUAUCGUGCAGUGUUACGACCCUGAGAAGGAUGAGUGGGAGAAGGUCUUCAGUGUCCAGGAGCCUCUCGGAGGCAUACGGGCCUGCACUAUGACAGUCCAUUGCCCAAAAAGGUCAACAGAUGAGGGUGAAAUACAAGAGUGUCCUCUUUUAACAUCCAAAAGCUGAACAGAUGGUUUAAUAAAGCUAUUAGCCUUUAAAUGUGACAUACAGAAAUCAGCUUCACAUUCCAGUGAUGUGUAUUACAAAAAAAAGGUUGAGUGAUUUGAUUAAUGUACAUGCCACUUUAUUAAUAUCUGAGCUGGGGUAAGGGAAAAUAAAUUGCUUGUAAAAAAAUAAAAUAAAAAAAUAAACCGCUAGUUCACCAUUAUUUGUUUAAAUGUGCACGACUUUGUUAAAAUCCUGUUCUCUUUCAAUGUCUGAUGGCCUCAGACCUUAAUUUUUUUAUCUCUAAAUUAUUCUCUUUUAUGCUUAAAAUAUAUAUAUGAAUUUGUUUGUGUUUGGUAUCUUUCAUGUACAUUUCUUAACAUAAAAUGUCUACUGAUUGCAUUCAAGCAAAAAUAAAUAACUAAUAAUAAUAAUAA